AACGUGGUGGCUGCGAGUGCGAGCAGUGGGAAUAUCGAUGCUACUGGUGGAGCAACAGCCUCCUCUAGUGCUUCUGGCGAAUCUGAUGAUAGUGCUACAACUACUACGGGGCAAGGACCUACUGACUCGUGUCCAGCGUAUGUGCCGACAAUAGACGGUAUUUUUGAUCCGACGGGUGGAAGCUCAUCUGCCCAACAGGCUAGUACAACAUCAGCAGCAGUGCCUACCUUGCAGUCCCACUGGGAGCUUCUUUUCACCGAUCGCGCAUCUAUAGCUGCUGGCGCAAAUCCCUUUGACAGAGGUGAGUUUGAAGAUUUCGAGCUGUUGCAUCCUUUGCCGUUUCGUGUUAGGAAGUCACCGGUUGUGCCGCAUGAGCCGGAGACUGCGAUCUACGGUGAAGCAUGGGCAGCUUCCGGUGCUCCCGUUGGCAGUUUGUUCGAUCUGCGAUUUGAGUUUCCUCAAAAUCUGCCCUCCUCGUUGGCAAACGUCGUUUCCGUGGAGAUUUUCCCAGCCAAGGGAUUGUUUUUCUUCCCGAAAGGCAUGCUAGAAGCGGAUCGGACUUGCUUCUCGCAGUUUCAACAAGACCCAGGGUUGCUGGAGAUGCAAUUGAAAGAGCUGCUGAAAUCCACAACGUCCGUGGCAAAUAGGGCUGCGCUCUUUGGUACUGGUACGACGAAUGAUGUAAAGCCCCUGGACGUAGCAGCUAGAAGUGCCUUCUUCCCCUUCCGAGCUGAUUUCUGUGCGCAAAAGCACCGAACGUUUCCGCAUGGGACAGCUCUGAGUGGUACAGCGUUGUCUCCGCCGUUUUUCGCCGGGACUAGAGUGGAAAAACCGUCAUUACGAGCGCCACUAGCGGUGGAUAUGAAGGUGAAGACAAGAGGAGGAGAGGAGGAUGCAGGCGCUUCGAGUUCGUUAGGAGCGAGUGGAGCUACUGCCGCAACGAGUGCAGCUGCUUCAGGAGAUGUUGCCACAGCAUCAUCAUCUUCAACUGGCCUUAGUUGGUUAGCCGAUCUCUUAUCUCGCGAGUCUGCUGAUUCUGGCGUCGUCGUGCCACCUUGCUCGACACCCGACUGUCUCGAAGUCCUCAACAUCUUGCAAACUACCACAGGAUCUUCUCUGGAGCAACUACAGGCGCAAAUUCUUCCCAAAGAAUGGAUGUGGUAUGUGAUCGCCAGUACGAGAAACAAAACGAACGGCGUGACAAAAAUCAUAGCUUGGGAUCGUCUCGCGAAUCCAGUACCACUUACGAGGUUGCCUUUCGGCCUAAAAGCUCUGUGGAUGCCUGGCGCUUUGCGAGCGGACGUGACUAUUUCGCU